UCCUUCGCAAACAAGAGUCCGUCAUGGCCUGAAACGCAGCUAUCCAGCCACCGUGAAUAUCUCGAUACUCCAUUAGAAGCCUUCCGCCAUCAUAAUGGACCCCGUCACUCUCGUCGGACUAGCGGCCUCCAUCCUGGCUUUGGUUGAGGUCGGAUUCAAGUUGGGCAAAACGGCCAGGGAAAUCUACAACUCCAAAGAUGGCAACAUCGAGGAAAACAAACUUCGGGAGACGCUCGGCGAGGCGACGCAGGCUGUUUCUAAGGGAUUGAAACCGCUGGGUAACGGGAACGAUGCAGCACAACAAUAUCUAUACAAGGUCGCCAAGGAAUCCGAAGACCAAGCGACGAGCAUGCUGAACCUCUUGGAGAGAAUCAGGCCAAAGAAGCAAUCUUGGCAUGCCCCAUUUUCUGGAGCGGCAAAAAUUCUUUGGCGGAAGCGCGAUAUUGAAGAAAUUGAACAGAGGUUAGGGGAAUGCCGUGGACAGCUAACAUUGAAUCUCGUCCACCUCUUGAGAAAAGAGUCUACAGAAUUUUUUGAUCGCCUUCUUUCCUCGACUAAGGAGGACGCAGAUACGCUUGGCCAGGUCCUGGACAACAUAAAGUACCUUCGUGAAAGACUUCCGAUCCAGGAGAUGACAGAGCAACUCAAACGGCUUGUGCACAUUGAUACAGAAAUCCUGCUGCAAAGCCAGAAAGACAGGAUUCUGAGCUCUUUGCAGUUCGAGGACAGAGGGAAGCGAUUUGACCAGAUUCACCAGCCUCAUGUUGAUACCUUCAAAUGGAUUUUCGAGGAGGAUAACACCGCAUCGACAACCAACAGUGAUGAUACUCUCAGCGAGAUGGAAAUGGAAAAGAAGUUGGAAAUGCAAUGCCGGUCUAGGGAAAAGUUCCUAAGUUGGCUCGCCUCACGCAGCGGCAUCUUCCACAUUCAUGGCAAGGUGGGAUCAGGAAAGUCAACCUUGAUGAAAUUCCUCGCUUCCCACGAGCGCACCAAAGCUGAGGCGAAGAAAUGGGCCGGAGACAAACAAGUCGUCAUUUCCAGCUUUUUCUUUUGGAAGCCCGGCCAAGACUUACAAAGGUCUAUACGGGGUCUCUGUCGCUCGCUCCUAUACGACAUCCUUAAGGAACGCCAGGAUCUGAUACCCGCAACGAUGCCCGACAUUUGGGCUGAAGCAAGACAAACUACAUUGCACACACUGACCAAGAUUGAGAUUUCAGCCGAUUCAAUUCAAGAGUCGCUUGAGAGAGUGCUGAAAUACAAACGUCUUUAUGAAAAACAUCGCUUUUGUUUUUUUAUUGACGGUCUGGACGAGCAUGUGACAACUUCAGAAGACCACCGAGACCUGGUAAAGCUGUUGCGUGGUUGGUCCACUCACUCAGAUGGAAACCUGAAACUUUGUGUUGCAAGCAGAGAAGAGGUUGACUUUAUGAAUGCAUUCUCGGAAGGCCCAAGCUUUCAACUUCAGGAGCUGACAUGGUUUGAUAUGCGGGACUUUGUUUGGAGCCGCCUUGAAGACCUUCAAAACGACGAGUUAAGGCUGCAAUUCGCGAACAGAAUUCCAGAGAAAGCAGAUGGCAUCUUCCUUUGGGUCUGCCUUGUGGUCAACGUCAUUCGCGGCAAGAUGGGCUACGUCAGUGACGAGGACUUGGAGAAGCACCUUGAAAAUCUACAGCCUGGGUUGGUGGAGCUCUUUAAACAGAUCAUCGACAGCCUUGACGACAGCAACCAACGAAAGACUUGCCGACUAGUACGUCUGCUGCAGGCAGCCAAAGCUACGCUUCUCGACGUACCCCUACUCGCAUUUUCAUUCCUUGAUGAAUACGAUAAGGAUAAGGAAUUCUGUACUAGAGAGGAUUUUCUACCCGCCAAGAAGGAUGAAAAACAGGUCCAUAAACAGCUUCGAGAUGCCUGUGGAGGACUUGUCGAAUAUCACCUCGGACAUAGUGUGCAAAUCUGGGGAUAUCUCGACUACGCCCACCGAUCUGUCCCAGACAUGUUCCAAAAAGCCGUCGCGACACUCAUGAAAGAGUCAUUGACAGGUUUCAAUGAUAUUGAUGCCUUGUCCCAUCUCCUCUUUGCAGCGGCCCAGUUCAUAGGCAAAGACGCAGCAUAUGCUCGGGGUCUUUGCGCAGGCAUAGCUUCAAUGCGCUUGACAAAUAAGGAUGAAGAGGCUCCUUAUCAGUUUCUAGAGCGCAUGAGCUCCUGGGUUGGAGGUCUCGACAUUCAAACCCUGGGCCGAAUCAAAGUAUCAUCGUACACAGCGGACCAGGCUCUGGCUUUCUCAUAGGGCAUACUGAUGCUUCCGCCUACGUCAAGGCCGCCGUCCGUGACAUCGAGAA